AUGUCAACCCGCAACAGAAAACACCGCCGCGCAGCAGCAGCAGCAGCAGCGACGAAACCCACCACCCAACCCUCCGACGACGCGUUCGACCCAGCCUCCAUCCCUCUCGCCCGCCCUCCGGCGCCUUCAACCACCUCGUCCUCUACACCGGCCAACCCCACGGGCAAAACACUAGUGGAUAUUAUCGCCGAACGACAGGGAGAGUUGCUCGGUCAGCUGUCCGAUACCAAUGCCAGUGGCAGCAGCAGCGGCGGCGGCGGCGGGGGUACACAAUUCGUGACGGUUGAUCCGCGGACCGGGGAGAUCUCGACGGUUGAUGAGGGGAGUUUGCCUACGCGGACGAAGGAGCGGGCUCUUAGACGGGCGCAUCGGAAACAGGAUGAGGAUGAGUCUGAAGAAGAAGAAGAAGUGGACGACGGCGACGACGACAAACACCCCAUCCCCCCCGUUCUCGACACCCUCCUCCUCUCUCUCCCCCUCACGACCCUCCAUCUCACCCUCGCCUACCUCGCCGCCCACCAGUACGCGCAGGAGAUAGAGCUGGACAAACUCAUCCGCGAGUCUGCCGUCGUGGCCUUUCCCAUGUUGACGCUGCUGAUCCACCUCGCGCACGGGCAUGUGGUCGGGUUCAUCGGUGCCACCCCUCGAAGCAAGCAAAACACGCUCUCGCUGUUACCGUGGGAGAGGAGUAAGCUCUCGUGGGGGUUUCUGCGGCGGCUGCUCUUUCCGCCCAGUCUACGGACUUUGGUUUUCUUGCCUCUAACAAUAUUUCUGGGGUGUAAGUUGAUGGUUAUGACGAAUGAUGAUCCGUAUUACGCGGUGAUGAAGCAUGCGCCCGCGUUUGGGACGGUGUGGAUUUGGGGCGUUUUGGAGAUGUCGUUGGGUCCGGCGGUGCUGGGGGCGUUCGCGCCGUUGGCUUGGGGCGUUUGGUGGAUGGGGUAUGGGAUUCUUUGA